AAGUCAGAAAGCACUUGUGCAGAACGUUUGAGCGAGAUCUGAAACUUGAAGCCAAUCACGCUCUGUGUUCUGGAUUCAGGAAAGUGAAAACGGAGCAACGCUUCCAGAUUGGAAUUCACUAUUUUUCUCAUCCUUCGAAGAAUCAAAUUGAAAGCCAUUUUUUUUCAGUGCGCUGCCAUAAAAAAGGUAGUGGAAGUUCUAAAAAUCUGUUCUAUAAUAGUGUGUUAAUAAUUCUGAGGCAACGAUCAGAAAAACGACAAGCAUUUCGGCAGAAAAAUCAUCUGGGUCAACUCGAGGAAGGACGUGAGAACUCUUGAACCGAGGGCCGACUUCGCAACAAACAAAGAUGGCGGACACCCAACCAGCAGGACAUGAUAAUCCGGGGUUUGCUGAAGACAGCAAGGUGCCUGCUGUCGGAACCACUGAUCACAAAGAUGUCGAGCUGGUUGAGAUGGGUAACCCUACCCCAACUGAAAUAGGGAACGGACUGAAGCACCGACAAAACGGCAAAGUGGUCGAGGAGGAAGCCACCGACGAUCUCGUUCUUGAGAAAGUCGAGUUCGAUCCUGAUAAGUACCCAGCCUUCGCAAAGGGUGUCUUGUUCCUUCAAGAAAAAGUGACUGGUACCUACGAGGAUAAUAAGGCGGCGAUUUGGCAAGUUAUCCUCAUUGUCCUUCUGAUCCUCUACAUCGCGUACUUCAUAUAUGCUAUGGUGUACCGGUUUGGUGAUGAGGGAUCAAUCCGCCUCCUUGUGUGCACUCUUUUCGGUUUCCUGCUUUUGGCGCUCCACCUUUUGCGUAAUCAUGUAGCAGUGGUGUCGGAAAAAGCUGGCCAUUUCCUGCACGAUCCUCACUACUCGAAAACACGACGGAUCAUCCGAUGGAUACUGUAUAUAGUCAGCGCUGUCGGAAUGGUCACUUUGAUCAUCGUGCUAGUGGCUCUGGACACACCGAGAAAUCUUUUGUCUGUGGCUGGUCUGGCGGCCUUCAUCGUCCUCUGUUUCCUCACGUCGCACAACCCGGCCAUGGUGAACUGGCACCCCGUGUUCUGGGGUUUCACCCUGCAGUUUUACUUUGCUGUCGUCAUCCUCAAAACUCGCUGGGGCUAUGAAGCUUUCAAGUGGCUGGGCGAAAGGGUCACAGAAUUCCUCUCCUACAGUGAUGCGGGAGCCAAGUUUGUCUUCGGGGACGUUGCAGAAAUUAAUCUACUGAACGGUGACACUUUGGUGGUCAAAGCUGCGUACACUAUUCAUUUCUUUGCCUUUAAGGUGAUGCCGGUGAUCACGUUCUUCAGCACCAUCAUAGCCGUGCUGUACUACAUUGGCGUCAUGCAGGCCAUCAUCAGGGUCAUUGGACGUUUUCUGGCCUUCUGCCUUGGCACUACCCCGGCAGAGUCGCUCAACGCAGCGGGGAAUAUAUUUGUCUCUAUGAAGUCUCCAAAGUUUGAUAAAGAACAGAGAGGACUUUGACAACUACUUGGAAACGUAUCCAUCUGAGUUGUGGUACAGAGACGGAGACGACAUAAUCCUGGAGCAGCUGAACGACACACGUCUGAAGGGAGGUUUCCUCUCGGUUUAUUCUUCGAGGAGUUUGACUAACGACACCAAUGCUCAUCAAUCGGUUGAUUUUCGAGGGCUUCACUGCGUCUUGGAGAUGCUAGAGUUUGAGAGUAUGUUCUGGAAAAGAACAUGAGUGAAAAAGAACGUAGCGAGACGACUGCAGCUAUGCUGAAAACGACAUGGUCCCACUUUAUUUUAGUAACUCAUUUAUAUUUUGUUAUUUUGUUACAAUAAUAAACAUGUUACAUUGUACAAUGCUUUCAUUAACCUCAUUCUGCCAGGAAUCAUAUCUUUUAAAUCAUUUUCUAUUUAUAUAUAAUAGCUUUAUUUACUUCAGUCGCUAAAAUGUUUUCAAUAUUUUUUUUUUCUUUUGUUGAAUAUUUUAUAUUUUUGUACUUGUUUCCAAAAGCAUUGCUCUUCUGUUCCAGACUUUGAAGACACUUUACGUUGCGCCUUUCUGUAGACUCUUCAAACAGGAACGCUUCAAAUGACGAGACACAUUAUAUAUCUACCAUAGUUCAUGUGUGCAUUCGUUUGUAUAUGGGUUGUGUGUGUGUCUGUGUCUGUGUCUGUGUGCACGUCUGUGAGUGUGUGUGUAGUCUGUAAGAUCAC